AUGCCCGACGCCACACUGCCUGCCUGCUUCCUUGGCCUGCUGGCCUUCACCUCCGCUUGCUACUUCCAGAACUGCCCAAGGGGCGGCAAGAGGGCCAUGUCCGACCUGGAGCUGAGACAGUGUCUCCCCUGCGGCCCCGGGGGCAAAGGCCGCUGCUUCGGGCCCAGCAUCUGCUGCGGGGACGAGCUGGGCUGCUUCAUGGGCACGGCCGAGGCGCUGCGCUGCCAGGAGGAGAACUACCUGCCGUCGCCCUGCCAGUCGGGCCAGAAGCCGUGCGGGAGCGGGGGCCGCUGCGCCGCCGCCGGCAUCUGCUGCAACGACGAGAGCUGCGUGACAGAGCCCGAGUGCCGGGAGGGCGCCAGCUUCCCUCGACGCGCCCGGGCCAGCGACCUGAGCAACGCGACCCUGCUGGACGGGCCGAGCGGGGCCUUGCUGCUGCGGCUGGUACAGCUGGCGGGGGCGCCGGAGCCCGCUGAGCCCGCCCAGCCCGGCGUCUACUGAGGCGCCCCCACCCCACCCCCCGCCCUCGCAGCACGAAAAAUAAAUGGUCUU